AUGCUCAACACUCUCAACUCGUCAAAGAACCCGAUAACACACAGCGACGCGUUCAGUCGCACCGCACACGUCCACUCCCUGUCUUCGGGCCAUCAACAGCGCAACGGAGACAGGGGGUUCUGGGCUAACGCGCGGAGUGCUAAUAUUAGCACCGAAGGAUUGAGCGAGAGCGGGACGUAUUGGAGUGUGCGGACGGCCAAGGUUGAGGCACAGAGCCGCGAUAAGACUAAGAGCAUCCUCGUCGGCUGCACUAUUGCGAUCAAUGGGCAUACUGGGCCCCUCUCAAACCUCCAGCUCCAAAACAUCAUCACGUCUAACGGCGGCCGCUUCGCACCCCAUCUCCACGGCGGGUGUACUCACGUCGUGGCAGAGCGUUUGGCGGGAGGGAAGACGCAGAAGGUCAUCGACGGACAAGGGGUUAUCGACUCCGUUGCUGCGGGGAAGCGGCUAAGUGAGGCGGGAUACAUGGUCAUUGAGGAUCCAUCCCAGAAAAGCCUGUUUACCACGCUGGGCAUCAAGCCCAAGGCUGAGAUGCGGGGAGAUGUCAAGAAGGGUGAAGAGGACGAGGAGUAA